UCUCUCCGCGAGGUGUGCUUAUUAAACUUUCGAUAUUUAGUCAUUUCUAACAAAUCCUACAAUAACAGGAUGAAAAAAAGUCACAAAUACUGCUUACAUCAAUAAUAUUUUAGUAUUUACUCAUUAGACUUAGUUCGUUGUUAAACUUUGGAAUACUGUGUAGAGUCUUUUGCUAAUUUCGUAAUAUUAUCUCGGCUAAAGCUAAUUGUGCUACAGUGGCUAAAUUCAUUUCUGACCAUUUCGAUUUGGUUUUGACAACACAGCAUUCACAAUGAAAGUCUCCGAGGACCAAAAUGUCGAGGACGGUGUUUCAUUUCAGGAUGAGCAGGAUCUCAUUUUCCAAGACAUUGACCUUCUACAACAACAUGGGAUAAAUAUGGCAGAUAUCCAAAAACUGAAAACCGUGGGCAUCUGCACCGUCAAGGGAAUUCAAAUGAUGACACGCAAGGCUUUGUGCAACAUUAAGGGAUUGUCUGAAGCAAAAGUGGAAAAAAUUAAGGAAGCUGCUGGGAAAAUGCUGAAUCACGGUUUCCAGACUGCCUUUGAAUACAGUGUCAAGAGGAAGAUCGUUUUCCACAUCACAACCGGGAGUCAGGAGUUUGAUAAAUUGUUGGGUGGAGGAAUGGAGAGUAUGGCUAUCACAGAAGCCUUUGGAGAGUUUCGUACAGGAAAAACACAGCUUUCCCACACACUUUGCGUCACCGCUCAGCUGCCAGGAGAAAAUGGCUACUCGGGUGGGAAAGUCAUCUUUAUUGACACAGAGCACACUUUUCGCCCAGAUCGACUGAGAGACAUUGCCGAUAGGUUUAAUUUGGACCACAAUGAAGUCCUUGACAAUGUUCUAUAUGCUCGGGCUUAUACCAGUGAGCAUCAGAUGAAGCUAUUGGACUUUGUGGCAGCUAAAUUUCAUGAGGAAGCAGGAAUCUUCAAGCUUUUGAUUAUUGACUCCAUCAUGGCCCUGUUCAGAGUUGACUUCUCGGGUCGAGGUGAGUUGGCAGAGAGGCAGCAGAAACUGGCCCUGAUGCUCUCCAGGCUGCAGAAGAUUUCUGAAGAGUACAAUGUUGCUGUGUUUGUGACCAACCAAAUGACUGCUGAUCCUGGCGCAGGGAUGACAUUCCAAGCUGAUCCGAAGAAGCCGAUCGGCGGCCACAUCCUGGCCCACGCUUCCACCACAAGGUUGAGCUUGAGGAAGGGACGUGCUGAGAUGAGAAUUGUCAAAAUAUUUGACAGCCCAAAUAUGCCUGAGAAAGAGGCAUCUUUCGCCAUCACAGCUGGAGGUAUCACUGAUGCUAAAGAGUAAAAGAGACAAAUAAUACA